AUGUCGUCCACAGGUGCUAUAAAAGAUGAAUCUGAAGAUAAUGGAAACCUUUCUGAUGGGGGUGUUGAAUCGAACCAGAUUGAAGGCAAUUCAUCUGGAAAGAGUGUAUGCAACUGGUGGGAUUCCCAAGGGCAUUUCAAGCCAAACUUUGAUAAGGGAUAUGAACCUUUUGUUGUCACAAUGCAACCUCCAAACGUGACUGGUUCAUUGCACAUGAGACAUGCUAUGUUUGUAACUCUCGAGGUUUGGAGCUUUGAUUCAGUGGAAGGACAAGAUCAGGUGAUAGAGAUGUAUAUGAAUGAGGAAGUCAGUGAACUUAAGAAAGAAAUAGAAGAACUAGAGCAUUUAUUGCAGGAUGAAGAGAAAUGUAGAGCUGCAAUCACGAAGCUGAACCCCAACAAUAACAGGAGCCAUGAAAGAAUAUUGGAAAUUAGUAAUAGGGUUAUGAACACUAGUAGGAGGGCAGGCAUUUUGUUCUUGGUGGUGAUUAGUUCACAAGACCUAAAAGCUAACCAUUCGAUUCAGCAACAUGUGGAUAUUGUUACUCAGAAUCAAAAGUACAACAAAUUGGUGAAACUGUUGGAUGACAUCAUGGAUGGGAGUAGAAUUCUAAUUUUUAUGGACACGAAGAAAGGGUGUGACCAAAUCACCCGCCAGCUCAGAAUGGACGGGUGA